GCGCAGAGACUGCAAGCGACACACGUGUGGCUGCCGGGAUGAAGUUCGCAUACAGGUUUUCAAAUUUGCUGGGGACAGUCUAUCGGUGUGGAAACUUAAAUUUUACCUGUGAUGGGAAUUCAGUUAUCAGCCCUGUGGGAAACAGAGUUACUGUGUUCGACUUGAAAAACAACAAGUCCAACACCCUGCCCCUGGCCACUCGCUACAACAUCAAGUGUGUGGGGCUGUCCCCGGACGGCCGCCUGGCCAUCAUUGUUGACGAAGGGGGCGAUGCGCUGCUGGUCAGCCUGGUCUGCAGGUCUGUGCUGCACCACUUCCACUUCAAGGGUGCUGUGCACAGCGUCUCCUUCUCCCCCGAUGGCAGGAAAUUCGUCGUCACCAAAGGCAACAUUGCUCAGAUGUACCAUGCCCCUGGGAGGAAGCGGGAAUUCAACGCAUUCGUCCUGGACAAAACCUAUUUUGGGCCAUAUGACGAGACCACAUGCAUUGACUGGACAGAUGACUCCCGGUGCUUUGCAGUCGGGAGCAGAGACAUGUCCACGUGGGUGUUUGGGGCCGAGCGCUGGGACAACCUCAUCUACUACGCGCUGGGAGGACACAAGGAUGCCAUCGUGGCCUGCUUCUUCGAGGCCAGCAGCCUGGACCUGUACACGCUCAGCCAGGACGGCGCCCUGUGCGUGUGGCAGUGUGACACCCCUCCUGAGGGCCUGAGGCUGAAGGCCCCCACAGGCUGGAAGGCAGACCUGCUGCGGAGGGGGGAGGAGGAGGAGGAGAAGGAGGCAGAGAGGGAGACCACCAUCCGCGGGAAGGCCACGCCGGCCGCCGAGGAGCAGCAAGGGAAAGUGAAGUACUCGCGGCUGGCCAAGUACUUUUUCAACAAAGAAGGAGAUUUUAACAAUCUGACGGCUGCUGCAUAUCACAAGAAGGUCCACCUCUUGGUCACUGGUUUUGCUUCUGGAAUCUUCCACCUUCACGAGCUCCCAGAGUUCAACCUUAUCCACUCACUGAGCAUCUCGGAUCAGAGGGUUGCAUCCGUCACCAUCAACAGCUCUGGGGACUGGAUCGCCUUUGGGUGCUCAGGCCUGGGCCAGCUGCUGGUGUGGGAGUGGCAGAGCGAGUCCUACGUGCUCAAGCAGCAGGGCCACUUCAAUAGCAUGGUGUCCCUGGCCUACUCCCCCGACGGGCAGCACAUCGUGACCGGCGGGGACGACGGCAAGGUCAAGGUGUGGAACACCCUCAGCGGCUUCUGCUUUGUCACUUUCACGGAGCACUCAAGUGGGGUCACCGGCGUGACCUUCACCACCACUGGCUACGUCAUCGUGACCUCCUCCAUGGACGGGACUGUGCGCGCCUUUGAUCUUCACAGGUACCGGAACUUCCGCACCUUCACAUCCCCACGCCCCACCCAGUUCUCCUGCGUGGCUGUGGACUCGAGCGGGGAGAUCGUCUCUGCUGGAGCACAGGACUCUUUCGAGGUCUUCAUCUGGUCCAUGCAGACGGGGCGGCUGCUUGAUGUUUUGUCUGGCCACGAGGGGCCCAUCAGUGGACUGUGUUUUAACCCCAUGAAGUCGGUCCUGGCCAGCGCCUCCUGGGACAGGACGGUGCGUCUGUGGGACAUGGCGGACAGCUGGAGGACCACAGAGACGCUGGCCCUCACUUCUGACGCUCUGGCCGUGACCUUUCGCCCUGAUGGUGCUGAACUGGCCGUGGCCACACUGAAUGCACAGAUCACCUUCUGGGACCCAGAGAAUGCAGUACAGACGGGCUCCAUCGAGGGCAGGCAUGACCUCAAGACGGGCCGGAAGGAGCUGGACAAGAUCACCGCCAAGCACUCAGCCAAGGGGAAGGCCUUCACCACUCUGUGCUACUCCGCGGAUGGCCAGAGCAUCCUGGCGGGAGGGAUGUCCAAGUUCGUGUGCAUCUAUCACGUCAGGGAGCAGAUUCUCAGGAAGAAGUUCGAGAUCUCCUGCAACCUGUCAUUGGACGCCAUGGAGGAAUUUUUGAACCGAAGGAAAAUGACGGAGUUUGGCAACCUGGCACUCAUUGACCAAGAUGCUGCGGAGGAGGGCGGGGUUGUCAUACCAUUGCCGGGUGUGAAGAAAGGUGACAUGAGCUCCCGGCACUUCAAACCUGAGAUCAGGGUGACUUCGCUCCGCUUCUCCCCGACCGGGCGCUGCUGGGCGGCCACCACCACCGAGGGGCUCCUGAUUUACUCCUUGGAUGCCCAGAUGCUCUUUGACCCAUUUGAGCUGGACACCAGCGUCACCCCCGUGCGGAUCCGGGCGGCGCUGCGCCAGCGGGACUUCACCAGGGCCAUCCUCCUAGCCUUCCGGCUCAACGAGAGGAAGCUGCUGCAGGAGACCCUGGAGGCGGUGCCCUGGGACGAGAUCGAGGUCAUAAGCUCCUCCCUGCCCGACUUGUACGUGGAGAAGGUGCUGGAGUUUUUAGCUUCAUCCUUUGAAGUAUCUCGCCAUUUAGAAUUCUACCUCAUAUGGACUCAGAAACUGCUCAUGGUGCAUGGACAGAAGCUGAAAUCCAGAGUGGGGACGCUGCUGCCAGUGGUUCAGUUUCUUCAGAAGAACAUCCAGCGCCACUUGGAUGAUGUCUCCAAACUCUGUGACUGGAACCGCUACAACCUGCAGUACGCGCUGGCCGUCUCAAAGCAGCGGGGCCUGAAGCGGCCCUCAGAGCCACCGUGCAGUGAGGAGGAGGCAGACGUGUCCGAGGACGACGACGACAGUCUGCACCUGCUCGGGGGAGGGCCUGGGCACGCGGACGGGCCACUGGCCUAGGGCCGCACCCCUCGGCUCUGGUUGGGACACUGGGCGAGGAGGGGCCGCCACCGCGGGGGGCAGCCGUCCCGAGAGCCAGAGCCCCAGCCCCAGGACUCGCUCCGUGGCGGGCACCAAACACCGCCGCGGGGUUGGGUUCCCGGCGGGCACGGCUCAGCACUCAGGGCCCGGGAACGGCUGCCGUUGAAAACACCUUGCAGAGAGGCUAGUGGGCCAACGUGUGUAGAUGCAAACUUUGUAUGAGGAUUUUUAUAUUUUUUAUAUAAAGUUUUGAUAAUUUUAGGGAUGAAAAAGACGUGUAUUUCUAAAACAUAUGUAUUAAGGCUGAUCUCUGAAUUUAACGUGCUUGUAACGCAUCCUGGGUGUGACUGUCGUGCUGGCACCUCCAUGCCAGCGAACAGGUGAGCUGGCCAGGUAGCCUGGCCACCAGCCCCAUCUCCCUGCCCAGGGUUGGAGCAAGGAGCAUCGCUGGACUCUGAGUUUGGAGAUGGCCUGGGAGCCCCAAGGCUGGGCCUGGAUGGGCUUCCCAGGGAGACUUGUUGGACCUGCUUGCCAGCUCCAAGGAGGACUCCAUCCCGCGAGGCCCGUCAGGAAGGGUCACCACGAGGGUGGUCCAGACCACAGCCAGGCGCCUGGUCUCUCAGCAGUGACAGCCUCCAGGGUCGGGACACAGGCCCCAGCCUGCAGGUCUCCAGAGGUAUGGCCAGGAGUCACUGGACGUUACUGGGAAGAGCAGCAGGCAGGCUCCUGCUUGUCGGGUAUGUCACCUUGCGGGGCUCUCCUAUCUGCUUGUGAAAUGUGUGUGUUCUGUAAAUAUAAUAUCUAUCAGAUCCUCUUCCAUCACUGGGUCUUAAGCUAUAAAAUAAACACAUGGAUGGUUGUGUAUGUUCAGACACAGAUAACUCAUCUGUAGGCUAUCCCCGUGGUCCUAAAAAGAAUUCGGACAGAACUUUUUCUCCCCUCUCCCUGCUGGUGGUUGUCACCCACCAAGAUUGGGACACAAAUACUCUGAAUCUACUGUCAAAAGCCACUACGGCAGCAGACGGUGAAAAGCGGUGUAGGGGCUGUCUUCCCACGCCCAUCUUGGGGUCAGGCUCCCCCACUAAUAAUCAGAAGAGGACUGAGUAAUGUAACCUUGACCUUCCUCUAGAGGCUGCCCCAACAUCACUCCUGAAACAAAAUUCCUGUGUUAAUUUGAGUUCCCCAUUACAUGCAGCUAUACAGUUCUUGUCUUUACAGAUUUCUGUGUGUUUAUUUUUGGCAGCACUGGGUCUUCAUUGCAGGUGGGCUUUCUCUAGUGGCAAGCGGGGCCACUCUUCCUUGUGCACAGGCUUCUCACUGUGGUGGCUUGUCUUACUGCAGAGCACGAGCUCUAGGCAGGCAGGCUCAGUAGUUCGGGCAUGUGGGCUUACUUUCUCCCUGACAAGUGGGAUCCUCCCGGACCAGUGAUUGAACCCAUGUUUCCCUCAUUGUCAGGCAGAUUCUGCACCAGAGCCACUAGGAAAGCCCGCACACCACUAGGCAGGUCCCUUAACGAUGUACUUAAAUGCCUCCCUACAGAGCUCGGACCUGCCAUUAUCCGCAACCCAGGACACCCUAGCAAUUGGGUGCCAGCCGCAAACUAACCUUACAGCUUGUUAUCCAUUCCACAGAGGGGGAUCCAAAAUGAGUCAGCAAAGGAACUGACCCAAAUCAAAGAUGGACAAGCCUUGCAGGGUGCUCCUAACUUGUCUGGGCAGCCUUAGAACAUGCUGGCUACCAAGAGCCCAUCGAGUAUGAAGCAUGGGUUCAAGUAAAAUAAGUGUAACAGGUCCCCAGACAGGAAUUACUUAAAGAGUUCCCAGUGUAAAGUCACUGUGCCUGACACCUCGACCAGCCUGACCCACAACUCCAACCCUCCCUCUGGGAGCAGCCUGUAAAGCAGCGUCACCUACAGCCUUUCAGGGCUGAGCCUGUGCGCUCUUCAUCAUUACAGAAUAAAGUUUCCCUUUGCUUCUGAACUGAACUUGGUCUCCAUCUACUGGCAUGAGUGACAGCGAGCAGAAGGUGGCGCCCAACUCACAAGGGUUGUAACAUGUCAUUCCGAGACAAGUAUUUUUCACCCAGGAGAGCAGAUAAAAAGGGAGCAGUGCCGGGAGCCAGCACAAGGAGUCCUGCCCGUGGCAAAGGUCAUGAGGUUAAGGGGCCAGGCAAAGGCGAGUCGGGCCUUAAGGGAGCAUCGCUGGGUCUGCUCGUGCAUCUGCCCCAAAAACCAGAGUCUGCCUGCCUUGCUGCAUUAUGCCUUUCACCUAUAUUUCUGACAUUAACAGGGGCUAUCCCUUACCACCUUUCUCUGGAAAACUUAGAGCUCCAGUUAACAGUCUUCUGCAUAUAAAAGGAGUGUCUCAGAUCAAACCCCUUUGAUGGCUCUCUAACUUGCCUGACAGGCUUACCCAGAUUUUUACAACUACGCAUGUGAUUGUUUAUAGGCCCCCAACCGCGAGAGGCACAAAGCUUUAAGCAUCUUAUAGAGCCCCUUUUUAAAGAGCUAAAAAUUAUAUUGGUGUAGGUUUUCAUUGUUGCAUUAAUGACUGUCGCCAGGCCUCCAUAUCCUUUAUCUUUUAGGCACCUGGAGGAUAUUAAUCAAUGUAAUUGGGAUGUAAAAAAAGAAUAUAGUAGUUUUGAUGUUAGCAAUACUAGACUUUUGAGUUAAUGAAUUUUCUCUUUGUUUUAAAUCACUGUACUCCUCUUUCCUUGUUAUAAAUUGUUGUGUCCUUGCUAUGUAAGAAUGUAACCUUAAUUAGUGCUUUCUGAGAGUGGCACCAGACUUUAGUAAGAACAACACUUUUAGGGCAAAUAAGUUUUCUGGUUGACGGACCCUUAUCAGAAAAGGGCCAUUAAAAUGCUCAUGGCCUCCUGGCCAGAAGAUGAUGUAAAUCACCGAAGACCUAUGUGUACAACUAGGUAUGCAGAGAGAAAGCCUGGUCUCGAUAAGGGUCAGGGCUGCUGACCCUGCAUGACUUUGUAUUAUCCAUUGAUCUCUAUGUACAACCAAAAGAUAAAGAGCUUUCCUGGAAAAUAAAGGAUGGACCAGUU